UGUAGGAGAGAACAAUUCACGUAGAACUGGGUUAGGUCUCGCGAUAUCUGCUCCCUAGCAACGGGAAUGUUUGCCAUGGAUACACCAGCUUUGCGGUGAGCAACCUUCAGCGACACAAAACAUGCAUCUCAAAUAACAUGUGUUUUACACAUACGUUUGUUUUAUUGUAUCGUUGUUAGUGUCAACCCGUCUUGCUUGUGAAAUAUUGGACUCCCAGUUGACUAACAGCUGUGAACAGAGCAAAGGGGAAACAGUUCAUGUUGAGGGUUGUGGCUCCAUGCAGUGAAGUCCAAUAUCAGAGUAUGUGUACAGCUACACUUUAGCAACCACUUUUUCUCUCCGCUCCCUCCCCUCCCAGGACAACAUUCCCCAUGCAGUCUCCUCUGGAUGAAACCCAGCUCUGGUGCCCGGGCCCGUCCCUGUGGAGCCUCAUCACCGAGCACGUCACCGGGUCCGAGCUGCCCGAGAUCCACGCGGCGCUGGGCUCCUCUCUGGUGGACGUGUACGCGGAGGUGCACGCUGAGGCGGCGGCGUGGCACGGCGUGUGGCGCGAGAGCCGGGGAGGAAGCGGCGGCGGCAGCGGCAGCAGAGGGGGGACCCCGCUCCCACGCCAGCACGCCCCCUCCCCUCUGGCCGACCCCCCCGCAGUGAAAGAGCUGGUGAGAGCCGAGGUCAAGAUGCUGCUGCAGACCCUCGGGGAGAGGAGCGGCCGCCAGGGAAGAGUCGUCGAGGAGCUCUGGAAUCGGUACAAACCCGAGACCGUGGACUACGCCCUGGGUCGCCCCCACAGCUCCUGCAGAGGCACAGGAGAUAGCGACGAUGGAAGCAGACCCGGCUCUCGCUGCUCCGCCCGGUCCAGCGCUGACGAUGAGAUCGAGGCCAUGAGGGACCAGCUGAAUGUCAGCGACAUCGACCAGGUGGCGGAGCGCCUCAGGUCUGUCCUAAGGGAAGAAUGUGAAACACUGAACAGGAUGGUGAAACAUUUUAAGGGAAACAUUAAGCAAAGGUUGCCGAGUCCAUGUGGAGUUGAUGAAUCCGAACCUUCACUUGCAGAGCUGAGAGAGCUGAGAGGAGCGAUCCAAGUGGACUUGGCGCUUUAUCCCUCAUCGCCCUCAGCGUCACAGUCCGUCUUUCUGAGAGAAUUGAAAAACGGCUUCAGACUGCCGGCGGCCCCGCGGGUUUCCGAUGAGACCCUGCGAGCUCUAAGCGCUCCAUCAGCCUUCAGACCGCGUCCUCCUCCUCCUCAUCCUCCUCCUCCUCAUCCUCUUCCUCCCGUGAGCCGCCCUACACCGAGGCCACCGCCGGGCGCUCCUCCCCGCGAUAGUGGCUCGCCGUCCCGGGCUCCCGGAGAGCGGAGAUGCACCUCGGCCUCCGCCGGACCCAGGAAAAUAAGAGCGCCCGCCUGCGACGGGACCGCCGCUUCUGCGCAUGCGAACCGCCACUUCGCCGCUUCGCUUCGCGGGCCCGGCCGCGUGGGCGUUGAAACCGUUCGCGCGGGCCGUGGUUCGCCGGAGCUAAAUUGUCCGGAUCCUCCGGUGAAAACUCGCGGGGGAAACUCACGGGCGCACGAGACCCGUCCGUCGUCCCUCCGCGGUGAUUCGUCGCUGACGGAGGGAGAGAGGAGCCCCACCUGCGGGUCACGAAACAUCAGUCCCGUCGCCUCGGUCCCUCCGAACCGGCGACAGUGCGGCGGCUCUUCGGCGUCGGGAGGCGCGUGCACCCGCCCGACUGAUGGACAAUUCUUUACUUCUCCCAGAAAAGCACCGGAGAGCGUCACACGUCGGGCAAAAGGUGUCCAAGAGGCGGAGCUGGAGUUUAUCAGCGAGUGUUACUGGCCUGCCCCCCCGGCGAGGGUGACCACUUGAAGCCAUGCAGGACCACAGCAUCUGGGGCGGAAGAUCAGCAGGAUGGAUGCAACGGGUCUUUUGUGUUGUAUCGGAUGAUUUUUCAUAUGAUUGAACGUACUUCAUCCGUCUUACUGCAAGACAUCAAAAAGGGAAUCUCGAUUAAAUACUUUUUAAAAACUUUUUGAUUUAAAAUAUAUGUUGUUUUAUCCUCUGAAUGUGAAAAUAUAAGAAAAUAAGAGGAAUGCUGGAGGCUAUUUUAUAUUAUAUUGGUGACUGUAUUCAAGCUCCAAGUGUAAACAGUUUACUGGAGGGGGGGAUUAUAACCAAUAAAGGGUUUUGUCUUCAUUAAUAUUCAAAUAUGUAUGGUGUAUUAAAAACAACACAAUAAACAAAAAAACACAACAAUCUUCAUAAGACCCGACCUGCUGAAUCCUACUGAAUCCUACUAUCCUGUUAAUAAAAGGCGAAAAAUAAAUAAGUUCAACACCACGUUUCCUUCUUAGAUUUACAUGACGACAAUGUGGCCGCUGGCACAUUUCCAGGCGGUUGUUGCUGUUUUUGUCGGAGUUUUCUUAAGUUUCGUUUUCAACAAGCCACUCCUCCGAUGAAGAGACACUGGACAUAA